AACGUCUCUCUUGGGCCAGGGGGCGGGGACGUGAAAGCCAGCAGGCUGCGGUGCGUGCGCAUUAUAGCGUCAGGUCGGUGGCGUAACUGGCUCAGUUUGUUUGGAGUCCUCGGAGGAAGUCGGUCGCUGUGCUCGAGUAUGUGUGCGUGUCGUUGUGUCAAACAAAAGACAUCAAUGCGCUCGUCGAUUAUUUUACAUCAAGUCACGUUCCCCACAAGAAAAUAAAAAAAAAAGGGUAUUCCUUUUUUUUUUUUUUUUUUUUUUUUUAAAAAAAAAAACCCAAAAAAGACCGCCGAGCUCGGUAAUGGAGGAGAAGAAGAAGGAGGAGGGGGAGUCGGAGAUUCAAGAGCACGGCCCCGAGCACUGGUUCUCGAAAUGGGAGCGGCAGUGCCUGGCUGAGGCCGAGCGGGAGGAGCCGAGCGAGGAAGAGGCCGAGGGCGGCCAGCAGCAGAAACUGUGGCACCUCUUCCAAAACUCCGCUACCGCCGUGGCACAGCUUUACAAAGACCGCGUGUGUCAGCAGCAAGGAGGACUGUCUCUCUGGGUACCUUUUCAGAACGCAGCAACGGCAGUCACUAAUCUCUACAAAGAAAGCGUGGACGCACACCACAGAAGCUACGACCUCGGAAUUCAGAUCGGUUAUCAGCGGCGCAAUAAGGAUGUGUUGGCUUGGGUUAAAAAGCGCCGGAGAACAAUACGCAGAGAGGACUUGAUCAGCUUCCUGUGUGGAAAAGCACCUCCUCCCAGGACUUCUAGAGCGCCUCCGAGACUGACUGUAGUAUCACCUUCAACAGAAACAAGCUCGUCUGUAGAGACUGAUUUACAGCCCUUCCGAGAAGCCAUAGCUUUGCAUGGUCUCAGUGGUGCAAUGGCCAGCAUCAGCGUUCGCUCCAGUACUCCAGGGUCCCCGACCCAUGUCAGCGGGGCGUCCAACCCCAGCCGCAGGAGGAACGGGCUUCACGAUGUGGACUUGAACACUUUCAUAUCAGAAGAAAUGGCACUCCACUUAGACAAUGGUGGCACUAGGAAGCGGACCUCAGCCCAGUGUGAUGUCAUCACAGACUCCCCAACUCAUAAACGCAAUCGAAUGAUCUGAACUCGAUUCGUUAAUUAGAAAAAAAAAAAAAAAAUGCACCGUGCUGCUUAAAAGCCACUUCACCCUCAACACUUUUUCUUGAAAGGAAACAGAGGGCCAUCAGAACCUCCCCCCCCCCCCCCCCCCCCCACCUCUCCCCAAUCACAUUAAACAAGUGAAUUCAAUAGUGAUUGCCAUAAAGGAAAAGUUACCAUCGCAUUAGAUGCCUCUCUUGUAGUAAUGGCUUUGUGUUUUCCACUCAAGACAAAGGACAUCUCAGUUAUUUGGUUAGUACUUGGCAAGGUGAUCAUAGGCAGAGUUAAGGCUGAGGUGACCUUUCUUGUAUCCUGUUUAACCCUGACAUUACUUUGGUUAGGUGUUUAUUGCCUUUAUUCAUUUAUCUGCUGUGUUGAGUGUUUGCUUCAGCAGUAUUGCCAGGUAAUGGCUGAAAGUCCUUUUUUCAACAUAGCGCAUUGUCGGAUGUGCAGCCUUCCACUGGUUUGUUUUUCUUUCUUGGCACGACGGUUCUUUUGACACAGCUGGCUUCUACAGUGCCAGUUUGUAAGUUGUAAGGAUAUUGGACUUGGAGUUGGUCUGAAGCAGCUGCUGAUUCUGGUGAAUGUGUGGAAUUGUGAAGAGGUGCAAUGAUGGUCAUGCAAAUAAUACUUUGUACAGUGCAGAAUCAAUACAAUAAUCUAUUGGAUUCACAUGUGUGUUUUUAGUGCUCCAGAGUAACAAUAUGAUCAGAUGUUUAUUCUUUACUCCUACUCAAGUAAUCUUACAAUCCUUAACUUUUGUCAGCAGUCUGUUUUUUAAUAUCUAAUGAAUAUACUUAACAUUUAGGUGCUGGUAUGAAACAUGGGGUACAUAUUGUGUAUAAAAAAAAUAGUUGGUAUCAAAGUGUAUAAUAAUAAUUCUUGCAUUAAAGAAACCAAGCUUUUAACUUUGGGUGGCUUCAAAUGUGCUUUAAAACCGGCAGUGCGGGUCCCAGCAAAAUAAAUCUUGCACAACAAUGCAAAAGGACGAAUAAGGCUCUCCGGAGCACAAAAAGGGCUUCCUGUCCUGUAUCCGAAGUGAAUGCUCACAACAGUUGCAUGGUAUUCAAAGCUGGUGUAAAAAUGAAGACGGGUUGCACAGGCUUAUUUUGGGUGGGGUUGAUUUCCUGAGCGCGCACACCUGCAUGCUUUCAGAAAGGCUUGCAUCUAUCUUCAGCACCUUUUAAGCGUUUACCUGAAUCGGUGGGUUUUUGGUCACCACACUUUUUAAAACGUUCAAUGAAUCCGCUCUUGAUUCGGUAUUCCAAUGAAGUCCUUCACAGUUUAUACCUCCUGUAUUGUGUACUUUUUUUUUUUUAAUGGAGCACUAAUCCUUGCCAGUGUAAUGUAGCCUAAACUAUUUGUGUUGAUACAUCACCUGCAAUGUGUCUCGUUCGAUAUCUGCUUGUAUUGUUUGCAGUGUGGCUUCAGAGCUCUGACCAUGGUAACCAGUGUGCAGACCUGCAUGGGAAGAGGAGGGCAGAUUGCGAUUUCAAACUCCUGUCUAGCAGGUGUUUACAUCAAUUAUAUAUUUUACAAUGUAUCUUUAAAUAUAUCCUGUUGCAUUAAAAAAACAAAAUGAUCA